UUAUCGGUGCGAUUCUUCCCGACAAGAAUUCUCCUGAUUUUUAUGUCAAGUUGCAGACCGACGACGACGGUACGGCAACAAUAGCACAAAUUAAUGAAACCCUCAAGCGAUUUGGUGAGAGCAAAGGAGUUCAAUUUAAUGAGGACGUGAUGUUGGCCAUCCGUGCUCUCUGUCACUUGGGUCUCAGUUUAGAACAUCCGAGCAGGAAGGAUAAAAACGGCGAUCUUCUUUACAUUUUUCCUUGUCAUAUUAAGAAGAGCAUGCCAGCGAGCGCCUGGCAGCAAGAUGGCGCUAAGCCAGUGCACGUUGGCCGUCGCGUUCAAUGCAAGUACUCGCACCAUCUCAUCACUCCGGGCUCUUAUCCUGUCAUUCAAUGCGAAUCCUCGAAGAGCGAAUAUAUGAGUGUAAUAGAUCUGUGGGAUGGAGGCAUGAAAGUGCAACAGAGGCUUCAGGAUCUGAUGCCGCGCCAUUUACCGGCAGAAGCGCUGGUACAAAUUACCAAUAAGAAGAGAGCCAUUCAGAGUAUGGACGUGAUCGCUCGAGGUCCUCUCUACAGUGAAGGAGAUUGCAUAAUGUUAGUUGAAUCCGUUCUUGAUCUCAUGAUGAAAGUGUUUGACAAGAAAAGUCCAGGAACAGUUUUAGAGACACGAUAUUUGAGUCAUGCUUCCAUCAGUCAAUAUAGGGAAGCAAUCGUUUCUUACACUGAAGACGCAGUCAAAACCGCCAAGCAAGACAAGGAAACGGUCGUCACUCACGAAAAAGGAGAAGAUCGCCUGAUCGAUCUUGUUGCUGUUGAUUCUAAUCACAUUAUUCGAAUGAAGCGAAAGACUCGUUAUCAAUUGUGCAAUGUUUUGGAUUUGCCAAAGGAAGAAGAGAAACAGCCAAGCUGGACACAAGUGGGUAAAGCGUUAGGUAUGCCAUUAUUGUGUGGCAUGAAAUCAGCCAGUGACAUGUUGGAAACUUGGAGUCAAGACUUGAACGCUACCGAAGAUCAUCUAGUGGAAGUUUUGAAGAGGCCAGACAUUAACGGUACACAUGCAUUGAGGGUUCUUGGACAUCAGCGUCACAUUACUGCCGAAAACAGCUUCAACUCACCUCCAGCAAAGCGAAGAAAAGAAGACGCAACUUCACGAGAUGGUCUUUCUGUUCAUGACAAGGCAACUGCCAAGGAAUUGAAAGACCUUGCCAAAUCUCUGGGAACCCAUUGGGUUUCUUUUGCAUCAGAAUUGAACCCGACACUCUUCUCAGUUCAGAAGAUCAAGUGCAUACGAAUUGAGCACAAUGAUGUCUUGCUUCAAGCUCGAGCCAUGCUAGAAGAUUGGAGUAACAGUCUGGCCGACAAAGCUACCCGUAAGUUGCUUAUCGAGGCACUUGUUAAAGAAGAACUUCGACUCAAAGCUAAUGAAGUCUUCAGCGAAAAUCUUGUGAAUCAAGUGUGUCCAUAAGUGUAAAAUUUUGUGUCAAGAGAUGUGACAGCCCGAUUAUUUGUACACUGUGUUGUAGAUUGAAUUUCAAUACAAUAGACAAAACAUGUAGAUGUAAGUAAUUUUUAUAACGUAGUUAUACAUUUGUGACUGAGAUUUGUUUGUGCAAGUCUUGCUUAAGUUAAUCGCCUCUGUAUGUUCAAUUGCAACAACUAAAUGUACGAGAUGUGAUUUUCUGUUAUU